UCAACUCCAGUACUGUCAGUAGGGUUAUCAUUACACGACCGCAUGACAUGUUUAUUUUUCAUUCCGACGACGAAUAAAUAAAAAUAAAAAAUAAAAGAUCUCGUUGUAUCGUUAGAACUGCGUGAAAUACAUACAGAAAUUGAACGCGUUGACAGUCGAGUGUAAACAUGAAGUGCACCAUACCCGAAAUUUCUUGGCACAAUCGUGUACCAGUGCUCAGUGUUGAUUUCCAGAACGGCGUGCACGAAAAAAAUGAGAAACAAUUCUGGAGGCUGGCCAGUGGUGGCUGUGACUCCCACGUUCUUGUUUGGCAUCUCACAGUAGGUGCAGAGGGUGAAGCAUCAGUCGUCUGUGUUGCAGAUUUGGAAAGACAUCAGAAGACUGUAAAUGUUGUUCGGUUUUCUCCCUCCGGUGAAAUCUUAGCUUCUGGAGAUGAUGAGUCUGUCAUUAUUCUUUGGAAGCAGAGAGAAGGUUCAGAUAAUCCUAUUCUACCUCAAGAAGAUGGCGAUCACAGCGAGCAAUGGAAUUCUUGGAAAGUUUUUCGUGGACACAUAGAGGAUAUUUAUGAUUUGUGCUGGUCACCAGAUUCAGCUACAAUGGCCUCUGUGUCUCUAGACAAUUCUGUUAUUUUUUGGAAUAUUGAAAAGGGUAAAAAAAUUUGUAUGGUAUCUGAUUAUCAUAAAGGCUUCCCACAAGGAGUUGCAUGGGAUCCUUUAAAUAAAAGUGUUGCAACAUUGAGUUCAGACAGGCUAUUACGUCUCAUUAGUGUAGCAUCUAAAAAAACUAUCAGCCGUGUUAGUAAGUCUAAGAUCCCUACACCACCUGGAAAUCCACUUGAAGGAAAAAUUGUACGCUUAUUCUAUGAUGAUACAUUUAAAUCAUUUUUUAGAAGAUUAACUUAUUCUCCUGAUGGAAAUCUGAUAAUAGCACCAUCUGGGAUAAUAGAACCACAGGAACCUUCUGAAAAAACUACAAAUUCUGUUGUUAUUUUUUCAAGUCACGAUAUUAAAGAACCUUUAGCUAUUCUUCCAACGCAUGAUGAAGUUUCAAAUGCUGUGAAGUGCUGUCCUACAUUUUUUAAACUAAGAGAAAAUGGUCCAGAAUCAUAUAUGAAAUUACCAUACAGAAUGGUGUUUGCAGUUGCAACAGACAACUCAGUAAUUAUUUAUGAUACUCAGCAAGAUGCACCUAUUGCAAUCAUUUCUAACAUUCACUACACAAGAUUAACAGAUUUGGCUUGGUCAAGUGAUGGAAGAGUUUUAGUUGCUUCUUCAUCUGAUGGAUAUUGUUCAAUAGUACAUUUUCAAGCUGGUGAACUUGGUGAAGUAUAUGAAAUGCCUUCCCCUGUCAAACCUGUUCCAGUUAAAAGUGAUGAUAAAGAUGAUAAUAAAAACAAAUCAACUGUGCCUGCUCUAGCAGAGCUUGAUAUUAAUGCAGUUGAUACAGAUCUUUUACAAAACAAAAUACCAUCCAAUAAAAAUCAAUUAAAAGACGAAACAAAAACUGAUCAAAUUUCAGACAAGGACGAACCAAUGGAUACCGAUAAUGAUAAAGAAAAUCCCAAAAAUAAUGACAAUGACGACGAUUUUCAGUUAGUGCUGGAAGAUACAGUUGCAGAAACAGAAAAAAAAGUUCUAUGUGAGAAUGACAAAAAAGAAAUUUCUAAAAACGAAACUGAAGAAGCUCCUUGUAUCAACAAAAAGGAUGAUCAAAAAGAUUCACCUGCCAAAUCUGAUAAACCACCGUUGCCACUUACUGUUAGAACACCAAGACGAGUUGAACUAAUAACAUUAUCAAGUCCAAAACAAAAAAUAAAAGCAAGAGCAAAGGCACACAGAGAAAAAAAUCUUGAAUGAUGUUUGACUGUUAAAUAGGUUUCUUUGUCAUUUCAAACAGUAAUGUUGUUUUGAAAAAAUUCAAAAUUUAGAUUUAAAAUGUUUAAAAAUCCAGAAAAUCAAUUGGAUUUUAAGAAUGUUCAAUGUCUGUAUAGUUAUGAGUGAUGAUGUAUUGUGUACAAUAAAAGUUUGUAAUCUAUAUUUUGUUAAAGUAUUAGGGAAGUCACAAUGGACUGCACAAUAAAUUUUUUAUGCAAGAGAACUAAA